CCUAAAUUCAAGUUGCCUUCGUGAUCACGACGAUUCACGCUUUAGCUGCCGAAGACCGCCAUCACUAGGCAAGGCAUACUCGUACAUAUUCGUAUAUUCAGCCAUGGACUCUCAGCACCACUUGGCCAUGACAGGCGAAUUCCUUCCUACCGGCGUAGACCUGCACGCGAUGGCGGCCGUGCAGCCGCUUCCGCCGUCAGUAAAUACUAGCAUGGGAAUGGCAGUGCCCGCGCCAGGAGACAUGCUCACGGACGUCAAAUUAGGCCCCGAUCCAGCGUCGCCAGCACCAUCGUCCGUGUCUUCAAAGGAGAAAUGGCAACAAAAACGUCACGUGUGUGAUACACCCGACUGCGGCAAGAGCUUUGACUCCAAGUGGGCUCUCAUCCGACACAUUCGCGUACACACAGGUGAGAAGCCGUUCCCAUGCACAUACCCGUCAUGCGAUAAGUCAUUUGCCGAGAAAUCGGCCAUGACGCGUCACCUGCAGACGCAUUCACGGGAUAAGCCGUACAAGUGCACGUAUGCGGACUGUACCAAGAGCUUCAAGGGCAAGGACUAUCUAGAAUUCCACUUGAAAAUCCACGCGGAAGGCAAUCCUUACGCCUGCGACCAUCCGACGUGCUCCAAGACUUUCUGCAGCCCGAAGAGUCUAAAGAAGCACAUCAGGCUGUGGCACAAUCCCGGAGGCAAGAGCACCUCCAUGGAGCAGCAGCUCAGAGAGCGCAUCAUCAAGAUGGCUACACGCAAUAAGGAGAAGACGCGCAAGUUCGAGUCGACUAUUCGAACGUUGAUGGAGGAGAACGAGUCUCUGAAGAGGAGGAUUGUCGAACUCGAGAGUCUUCAACAUCAGCAACAGCAGCUACACCAGCAACAACAACGAUUGUAGCUCCAGUGCGAUCUCUCGGUCUGUGGAACCUCGUGAGGAUGCGAACUGUACAGUGAUUUAUUGGAGACGGAGGGGAAACGUGAGACCGAAGGAACGAGCACAGUAUGCGUUUAGUGUGUGCAUUUCAUAGUCAAUUAUUGGGCGAGAAACAGCUAGCAGUGAAAAUGAUCGCAUGAGGGCUUGAAGAGUAGAGAAACAUAAGAUCUUUCACUAAUCGAACAUGAGUUUGAGACCAUCCAG